CGCCGCCCCCGGAAGUGGCCUCGCCGCCGCAGGAGCGGUGCGUGAGCGCGGAGCUCGGGAGGGCGGCGGCGGCGGCGGAGCCCGUGGGCCGGGAGCCGCCAUGGCCGGGAGUCAGGACAUGUUCGACGCCAUCGUGAUGGCGGACGAGAGGUUUCAUGGGGAAGGAUAUCAGGAAGGGUAUGAAGAAGGCAACAGUUUGGGUAUAAUUGAAGGAAGACAGUAUGGCACGUUACAUGGAGCCAAAAUUGGAUCGGAGAUUGGGUGCUAUCAGGGCUUUGCUUUCGCUUGGAGGUGCCUCCUGCACACAUGUACCACUGAGAAAGACAGCAAAAAGAUGAAGGCCUUAGAAUCGUUGAUUGAAAUGAUUCAGAAGUUCCCUUACGAUGACCCUACUUAUGAUAAACUUCACGAGGACUUAGACAAAAUUAGAGGGAAAUUUAAACAGCUUUGUUCAUUACUAAAUGUUCAGCCGGACUUUAAAAUUAGCGCAGAAGGUUCUGGACUUUCAUUUUGAGGAUGACAGAUGAACAAAGACGAAACAUCAAGGAACAGAUGUCUAUGAGGAAACCCACGGGGACCGCCUGGUCCAGGGGCACCGGCAGCAGAGCAAGGACUCGUCUCCUGCGCCCGCCUGUCACCGCUGUCUCGUGCUGCCUCCUCUGAAAUGUGCAGUCACCGCCAUGGAGUUGCCACUGCUCUCAGCUCAGAGCGCACGGGCCCCCGCUGUGCUCUCGGAGCCGUGGGGAGCCCACUGCGGCCAGUGGACGUGGGUAUCUGGCUGAGAGGGGGUUCAGAGGGAGCCAGGACAUGCUCCUCACACUGUCUCCAGAUGGGCGUGGGGGCUUUGCAGCGUUAAAAAUGGUUAAGGGAGCAAAUAUUUUAGGCUAAAGGCUAAAUGUUGGGCUGCUGUUCUACAUGCAGAGAGUUUCAGAGCCUUGUGUUGAGGACACCGCAUUCUUCCUAUAACAUGAGUUCUCUUGUGUUCUGGCCGCACUGAGCAGGCCCCUGUCUCCAUGGGGAGGUGCGGAUUGGUGGGGCAGGGGCUUCUCCUGGUUGUCCGGCAUCCCUCUGCCCACCGCCCCCCCCCCCCCCCCCCCCCGCACGGCCGGCAGGUCCGAGGCCAUGUCUCUGAGAGUCACACAUGAGACGACUCAAGGGGUAACUGUUCAAAACUGUUCUAGUUUUGAAAAUCAUUGUGGAACGUCUUAGCGAUUGCUGCUGUGCUGAGCCAUCCUGUGGUCCUGAGAGGCGGCUGGGGGCCCCGCCGGAGCCGGGCGGGGUGUUUGCUUCCCUCUCAUCUGGUUGCCCUGGCUGGUGCACUGAGGAAUGAUGUGGCUUCAGCUGGUGUAGGACGAGAUGUGGGCUUCAUCCCUGCGCACGGUCCUCGUCCUGGCCCCACGCUCUCCGGGAGCUUGUGCACCUGCCUCCCAGGUGGAUCUUGUGGCCGCGGAGACCAGCAGGCAGUGCCUGGUGGGACAGAUGGGGUGGGGGUGGGGGUGGGGCUCCCAUUGCUGUUUUCCUUGGUGGAUUGUUAUGUUUUUUAAGUUCUCUGUUCUGGUAAUGUAUUGCUUUUACAAGUGGGGAGAAAAAUAAAUGGCACGUUUUAUUUUAUUUA